UAAACCCAUUCCCCACUAUUUUAAGCUCACCCCUUCUCCUCCCUCCAUCAACAGUCCUUCUCGUUUCUUUCCACUUAAAAAGCCCUUCAACGCCAUCAUUCACAGCACCAAAUUCAUCUCCCAUGGCUUCCUCUUCUGCAAAAUCCCUCUUUUCCUCAACCCAUUUCGCCUCCUUCCACAGAUCCUCCGAUUCCAAUUCCAAUUCCAAUUCCCCUGUUCUUCCCUUCCUUCACAGCUCCAUUUCCACCUCCUCUGUUUCUCUCAGGAGUUCCAAUUUGAUUCCUGUUCGUAGCGUUUUGAAGACGGUGGAAUCGUCGGAAUUAGAUGUUCGGAGCUCCGAUCUCGUCGACCCCACUUUCCCAAAUGACAGAUCGACCAUUCUGGUGGCCGAGAAACUUGGAGAGGCCGGUUUGAAGCUUCUCCGGAGCUUUGGGAACGUCGACUGCGCUUACGAUCUCUCACCGGAAGAGCUUUGCGCUAAGAUCUCUUCUUGCGACGCCUUGAUUGUGCGUAGUGGCACCAAGGUGAACCGGCAGGUCUUUGAGGCUGCAAAAGGGCGUUUGAAGGUUGUUGGAAGAGCCGGUGUUGGUAUUGAUAAUGUGGAUCUGCAGGCCGCCACUGAGUUUGGUUGUCUUGUUGUUAAUGCCCCUACUGCCAAUACCAUCGCCGCCGCCGAACAUGGUAUUGCCUUGCUUACUGCCAUGGCCCGAAAUGUUGCUCAGGCCGAUGCCUCCAUGAAAGCAGGAAAAUGGGAACGGAGCAAGUAUGUCGGAGUUUCACUGGUCGGAAAAACACUAGCGGUGAUGGGAUUCGGGAAAGUGGGAUCGGAAAUGGCGAGACGAGCAAAGGGGUUGGGGAUGCAAGUGAUAGCACACGACCCUUACACGCCGGUGGACAGAGCAAGAGCCAUCGGCGUUGAAUUGGUGUCGUUCAAUCAAGCCAUAUCCACCGCCGAUUUCAUUUCGCUUCAUAUGCCGCUCACGCCGACAACCACAAAGCUUUUCAACGACGACACUUUUAGUCUGAUGAAGAAAGGAGCUCGGUUGAUUAACGUUGGCAGAGGAGGUCUUAUUGAUGAAGAUGCCUUAAUUAAAGCCCUCGACAGUGGAGUUGUUUCUCAGGCGGCGCUUGACGUCUUCGUGGAGGAGCCACCGGCGAAAGACAGCAAGCUGGUGCAGCAUAAGAAUGUUACCGUCACGCCUCAUCUUGGAGCUAGCACCAAGGAGGCACAGGAAGGCGUUGCCAUUGAAAUAGCCGAAGCCGUGGUGGGUGCAUUGAAAGGUGAACUUUCCGCCACCGCCGUCAACGCUCCGAUGGUGGCCCCGGAGGUCCUGACGGAGUUGGCGCCGUACGUGAUUCUGGCGGAGAAAUUGGGGCGGCUGGCGGUACAGCUGGUCGGCGGAGGUAAGGGAAUAAAAUCAAUUAAAGUAGUUUACCGAUCAGGGCGAGCCCCAGACGAUUUAGACACGAGGCUGUUACGAGCCAUGAUCACAAAAGGCAUAAUCGAGCCGAUCUCCGACAGCCACAUAAACCUGGUGAACGCGGAUUUCACGGCGAAGCAGAAGGGUCUCCGUAUAAGCGAGGAGCGAGUGCUGGUGGACGCGCCGCCGGAGUUCCCAGUGGAGUCAAUUCAGAUUCUGGUGUCCAACGUGGAGUCAAAGUUUGGGAGUGCGGUGUCGGAGACGGGUGAGGUGGCAAUGGAAGGGAAGGUGAAAUAUGGAGUGCCGCAUUUGACACGUGUAGGAUGGUUUGACGUGGAUGUGAGUUUGGAAGGGAAUUUAAUCCUGUGUCGACAGGUGGAUCAGCCGGGAAUGAUCGGACGGGUGGGAAACAUUCUGGGAGAGAAUAAUGUGAAUGUGAAUUUUAUGAGCGUUGGGAGAACGGUAAGGAAGAAAAGGGCAAUUAUGGCAAUUGGUGUGGAUGAAGUGCCCACUAAGGAUACUCUCGCCAAAAUUGGACAAGUCGCUGCCGUUGAAGAGUUUGUGUUUCUAAACCUAUAAUUAUGGGACUCACUUCCGACAUGUCGGUUACUUCCUUUUUCUUUUUUUCUUUUUUUUUUUUUUUUUUUAUAGUUUUUAUGUCUUGUUGGCCAGAUGCCCAAGCCCAAGCCCAAGCCCAAGCCCAGGC